AUGGAAGAGAGGAUUUCUGCGUUGAUGCUCCUGUGUCUGGUGCUGUCAAGUGUCAGUGCCAUCGAUGUUACCAUUCCCCAAAGUCAGUAUGAGUACUCCAGAGGGGACAACAUCACACUGCCCUGCUCCUUUACAACUACAACUCCCAUAAACUCCCAGAAAUUAGUCAUCAUCACCUGGUCUGUUUUUAACCCCGAUCGCCACCUACUAUCAUGGCCCUUCCCCAGUACUGACAUAGACACUGACUAUGAAGGUCGGGUGUCCCUGGAUCUAGACCUCACUCAGGGAAAGGCUAACCUGAAGCUUUCCUCCAUCUCACUAGCUGACAACAAAGAUUUUGAGUGCUGUGUGCAUACCCUAGGUGACAAGAAGGGCAAAAUAUCUGCCACCACACGCUUGGUGGUUCUAGCGGCUCCCUCUAAGCCCAUCUGCAAGAUCCAGGGAAUAGCAGAGUACCAUCAGAAUAUCAGCUUGAUAUGUGUGUCCGAGGAAGGUUCUCCACCCCCCACCUAUAGCUGGGAGCGUCAUGACGUAAAGAACAACCCUGUUCCCCAUCACCCCAGUACCACUGACAAGGGAGGCAUCCUUUCUCUGUAUGAUAUCUCCAUAUGGACAUCGGGACCCUACAUCUGCACCUCAGAGAACAAGAUCCAUGCUGCUACCUGCAACAUCACCCUUUCAGUCAUGCCACCUAAAUAA